AUGAAGACAUCGCCCGGAGCGUGGAUUGCGCGUCCCAGUCGUGAACGAGUAAAUGAAGGCACGAUCGGUUUGGAAAUCUUGGACGACGUCGCUGAAGCGGUUAUCGACGGGGAUGAAGAUCCCGCACGCAGUCUGUCGGGUUCCAUUCACAUUCUACCGCUGCCAUCCCGUCAGUGCGAGGCUCGCAGACCACCGCCGCAUCCCGUGUUUGCACCAGAAGACGGGGAGUCAACUGUAGAGGAGACCAAGCCGGCCAAGAAGAGUCACAAGUCCAAGAAAGAGACAUCCAAGAAGGAGAAAUCCAAAAAGGAGAAAUCCAAGAAGGAGAAGGCCAAAAAGGAGAAGUCCAAGUCCAAGAAGGAGAAAUCCCCAAGGGAGCGUUCGCCUUCGCUUAACAGCGCAAUGCAGUGCUCUCGGCCAGCUCCGAAGCGCUACUUUCGCUUCGAUCUCACCGUGGGUACUCCACAGGACGUUGCCGACGACUUGGAAGCCCUCUUCAAGGAAGCGGCGCUCAAGGACGUAAGCGUGCACGAAUUGGCCUACCCAUGGACCGACUCCGAGGUGUGGUAUGAUCAGGACGCCUUCUUCCACAUCCACGUUGAGCAUGGCGCUGGUGGAUGA